CUCUUCGGUGUUCAGUCACUUCAGUGUACAUGGCCAACAAGCUUACAAGCACAAGGUUUCAUUUUGAAAGUUUGCUCAACAGCCGAACAGGUCGGUCGUCUGCACUCUGCAGAUUGGUUCAUCUUUUUAUCGGAGCGGAGGCGUUUUUAUUCGAAAACGUGAAACGAGGAUAUCAUAUUCGGUCCGUCGGGUUGGAGUUAUUGUUGGGUAUGACCGUAGGAGGAAUCGCACCGUCCCAAAGAGCAGCCGCCUAAAAAAAGUCGAUCGAUAGAGGAUAAUUCAUAAUCGUGCGUCAUUUGUGACUUGUACGUCCGGCCUUGUUUUUCAUCUUUUUGGGCCUUUUUGGAUUUACGGGAUACUAGAAAAUGUCGGGAGUUCAAGUUGUGCGACAGAGUAAGAUGCGCCAUGUGUAUGGGCAAGUGGACAAGAAGGAAUUCUGUUACGAUGAUAUUCGCGUCACCAAGAGUUCAUGGGAUUCCAUGUUCUGUGCCGUUAAUCCCAAAUUUAUUGCCGUUGUGACGGAAGCAGCUGGUGGAGGUGCCUUCAUUGUCCUGCCGCUGAAUAAGUAUGGACGCCAGGAUAAAGAUAGUCCUAUAGUUGGUGGUCAUAAAGGCGCGGUGUUGGAUAUCCAGUGGUGCCCCUUCAACGACAAUGUUAUUGCCAGCGCUUCCGACGACUGCACGAUCAAGAUCUGGCAGAUCCCAGAUGGUGGACUGUUUAUCAACAUGACAGAGCCCAUUGUAUCCUUGGAAUACCAUCAGAGACGAGUAGGACAGAUCCAGUGGCAUCCAGUGGCAAAUAACAUUUUGAUGAGCGUUGGUGGUGACAGCAAAAUUGUGAUUUGGAAUAUUGGUACGGGUGAACCCUUGAAAGUGAUCGAGGGUCAUCCCGACAUCAUAUUCUCUGCUGCCUUCAAUUAUAAUGGAAGCAAAAUUGUCACAACCUGUAAAGAUAAGCUGAUCCGUGUUAUUGACGCUCGGUCUGGCGAAAUAUUAGAAAAAGGCAAAGGUCACGAUGGAACGAAAUCCUCGCGUGCCAUUUUCCUUAAAGACGGAAGUAUUUUCACCACAGGAUUCUCGAAAAUGUCCGAACGCCAGUACGCUCUACGGGAUGAGACAAUGUUAGAUGAUCCGAUAUCGAUGAUAGAAGUGGACACUAGCAACGGCAUAUUGGUGCCUAUUUAUGAUCCAGACAGCAACCUUAUGUUCGUUACGGCCAAGGGUGAUAGUCAAAUUCGCUACUUUGAAGUGAACAUGGAGCAGCCACCUUAUAUUCACUACGUAAACACCUUCCUGAGUUCCGAUCCUCAGCGCGGAUUAGGCGUGAUGCCGAAACGGGGUUGCGAUAUUGGAGCUAAUGAAAUUUUUAGACUGUACAAACUUCAUGGAAACGGCAAAGUGGAACCUAUAAGAUUUUUUGUACCGCGAAAGUCGGAUUCAUUUCAAGAAGACUUAUAUCCAGACACUGCUGGUGAUACCCCUGCCCUCUCGGCUGACGAAUGGUGGACAGAAAAAAAGGAUGCCAAUCCAGUCCUGAUCUCGUUGAGAGGCGGCUACCAGGCAAAAGGCGCUCAAACCUUACAAGUUACUAAAAAGUCCAAUAUCCUGGAUAAAAUGCCUUCGAAGGGAGCUGCGGGCGGGGCUGGAAAUGAGAAUGGUUGCACGGCCGCUGAUGGUUCGCAGACUCCGCGUGAACCUGCUUCGCCUACCAUUACGUCAGCACAAUUCGAAGAGCUACAAGCCGAAUUGAAGACCUUGAGGAAACUAGUGAUGGAUCAAGAGAAGAGAAUAAAGAUUCUCGAAGGCGGCAAGCCGGAAAGUAAUGGUGAAGUCAAAGAGAAUGGUCCUCACUAGCGAUAAUUUGGAAUUCUGGUCCUCUCAUGAAGCACUGUUUUUUUUAUAUUUGAAACGAAAGCCGUUCAAUUUGGUCCGUGCUCAAUGCAGCAGCUUCCGUGGAUAACCGUACACUUACUUAUUUUUGCCUUUCAUCGUGUGCAGUUUGCCUCUAUCUUUUAUUUUGACCCGUUAUAAUUCUUACUUUGUAUGUCGCGACAGUCGCGCGUUUUCUAAAUAUAGAUUUUUAUUUGUUUCGUUUGCUAAAUUAUACAAUGUUUCAUGCCUGAAACUCUAAGGUUUGUUUUCUGUAUAUUAUAGAAAUAAAUAAAUUGUCCGGUGAGAU